AUGCAUGUUCUUUUCUCUGUGAAGAGACUCGCCUUCUCUGAUCCCUUUUUGCCACACAGAAGAAGACUUUUUUCAUGGUUCAGUUUAGGUGUUGUAGCUUCUCUUGUUUUGUUGUCCCUCUUCAUUCUUGGUAAAUCUCUCAGAGUUCCCAAAGUUGCCGUCUUUGUUCCACAACUAAACACUGUUGGUGCAAAUUCUUCGCUUGCUUCUUGCCCCUUCUUGCCUUUCAACACUAGCCACUCUUCUACCUCUGGGAGCAGCAGUUCUAACACUUCAAAGUCUGAUGAGUACAAAAAUUCUGUGAAGAUUAUUAAAGAGGGAAGUGCUGUAGUUGUGGAUGGAACAAAUGGUGUGAAUCAUGUAUUGGAUGAAACAAAGGUUGACAAGGGUUUGGAGAAUUAUAGUUUUUCUUCUUAUUUGUUGUCAGAGAGUAGUAACAAAGGAAAACAUGAAGGGGAUUUGGUAGGGAAAAAUAGUUCAAGGAAUGUAACUGUCACUCGUAAUGAAAAGAUGCAGGGUGGUUUACAUGAGGAAUGUGACAUUUUUCAUGGAAAGUGGAUAAGAGAUGAAUCAAAGCCAUAUUAUCCUUUAGGGUCUUGUCCACAUAUUGAUAGAGAUUUUAACUGCCACCUGAAUGGGAGGCCCGAUGCAGAAUAUGUAAAAUGGAGAUGGCAGCCAUAUGGGUGCAAUAUUCCAAGUUUGAAUGCAACCGAUUUUCUGGAGAGGUUGAGGGGACAGAGGCUGGUUUUUGUGGGGGAUUCAUUGAACAGGAACAUGUGGGAGUCACUCGUAUGCAUUCUCCGUGAAAGCAUCAGGAACAAGAAACGGGUAUUUGAAAUUUCGGGAAGAAGGGAAUUUAAGAAGAAAGGUGUCUAUUCUUUUAGAUUUGAGGAUUAUAAUUGUUCGGUGGAUUUUGUUGCUUCGCCAUUUAUUGUUCAAGAGUCAACUUUCAAGUCAAAAAAUGGAUCAUUUGAGACAUUAAGACUGGAUUUAAUGGACUGGACUACGACCAGGUAUCAAGAUGCUAAUAUCAUAGUCUUCAACACAGGGCAUUGGUGGACCCAUGAAAAAACAUCAAAAGGAGAAGAUUAUUAUCAGGAAGGAAACCAUGUACACGCAAGACUCAAGGUUCUGGAUGCAUACACCAGAGCCUUGACAACUUGGGCUAAAUGGGUUGACAGAAAAAUCAAUGCCAAUCAAACUCAGGUUUUCUUCCGAGGAUACUCAGUCACCCAUUUCUGGGGUGGCCAGUGGAAUUCAGGAGGACAGUGCCAUAAAGAAACUGAGCCAAUAUUUAAUGAAACUUACUUACAAAAGUAUCCUUCAAAAAUGAGGGCUCUAGAAAGUGUCAUUCAACAUAUGAAAACCCCAGUAGUGUAUAUGAAUACAAGUAGGCUUACAGAUUACAGAAAAGACGGCCAUCCUUCGGUAUACAGAAAGGAGUAUAAGAAAUCAAUGGAUCAGAACUCCACUGCACUAUUCGAAGACUGUAGCCAUUGGUGCUUGCCAGGGGUAACAGAUACUUGGAAUGAACUGCUAUAUGUUUCUCUCUUAAAAUAUGGAAGGGGAACUUGGAAAAGCUGAACAAAUUUCCUCAUAAUCAUUCCACUACCAGUUUCUUAUUCUUUUUGCAUAGUUAUAGUUGUAUUCAACAUAUGUAUGCUAUAAGUUUUUUGCUGCAUGCCUUUAGUGAUAGUUUGAUAAGAAUGAACAAGAUAGCGAGGGAAGGAAACACGAAAGUGGAUUGGCUUGCCAAUUCUUCCCUUGGUUCUGAGGUUCGAGACACUUUCUUAAGGUGUUCGUUUUCAAUAAAAAAGUAAAUGGAUUUUGUAUUCA